UGAAAACAGUAAAAAUAUCCAAUGAUUUUAAUCUGUGACGUGUUCUCCCAAGAAGGAAUUAGGACCUUAGUCGAAGCAGGCUAUGAAGUGGUCUAUAACAAAGACCUCUCCGGUGAAUCUCUGGUUGAGGAAGUGAAGAACCUUCAACCAGAGGUUCUUGUAGUCAGAUCAACCAAAGUGACACAGAGCGUCAUAGAUGCCAAUUCUAAUUUGAAGGUGAUCAUUCGGGCGGGAGCCGGAACUGACACCAUCGAUGUUGCUUACGCAUCUGAGAAAGACAUCUGUGUUGCUAACUGCCCAGGCAAGAACGCUACAGCUGUUGCUGAGCUUGCUAUGGGUCUCAUCAUUAACAUUGAUAGAAGACUUGCUGAGAACUAUCUUCUUCAAAAGGAAGGAAAAUGGAGGAAAGGAAUGUUUGCUAAAUGCCAAGGACUCAAAGGAAGAACUCUUGGUCUCAUAGGAUUUGGGAAUAUCUCACAAAAAGUUGCUCAGAGGGCCCUUGCCUUCGAAAUGAAGGUCAUUACCUACGAUGUCGUUCAGAAGGAUACUGAAGGGAUUGAGUUUGCUUCCUCAAUCGAUGAAGUUUUGGAGGUCGCCGAUAUUGUAUCUCUCCAUGUCCCAAAUCUUCCAACGACCAAAGGAAUGGUAAAUGCUGAGUUCCUCGCUAAGAUGAAAGAGAACGCAGUCUUAAUUAACACUGCUAGAGGUGAAAUCAUUAAUGAAGAAGAUCUUGCUCUCCAUCUUGAAACUAACAAUAAUUUUUGGUAUGGAACAGAUGUUCUCAAAGGAGAACCAAGUUCAAAAGAAUGUGACUGGGAGCAUCCACUUUCCCUUCAUCCCAGAGUCUAUGGCUCUCAUCACAUUGGGGCUUCUACAAAGCAAGCUGAGGCUGAGAUUGGAGAGGAGGUAGUUAGGAUCAGUAGAAAGUACAUGGAAACUGGAGAAAUCGAUGACGUGAAUCUUGUGAAUAAAGCUCUCCUUGAAAAAUCUAUAACUCUCGUCAUAAGAGCCAAAAAGGGUGCUAGAUCCCUUGCUGACAUCUACACCACUCUUGAAUCUAACGAAUGGGAGGUGACCCAGACAGAGUCAGUCCCUUGCAAGAGCUCUGACUCCUUCCUACUGAAGAUUGUUGGGGAUGGACCAAGAACCAUCGAGUCUAAGUUGUCCACCAUGACUUCGGUUGAGGAAGUAACCAUCGAGUAAAAAUAUCCGAAAACUUAAAUUCGAUAUAACCACCAACCAAUUAGAAUUCUAUUUUUG